AUGCCCUCUGCUCGUACAAAAAAAGAACCAAACUCGCCCACACCCCCUUCUGACGACCUCUCUCCCAAGGACCCGUCCGAAAACAGCAAGAUCAAGAGAAAGCGGCAAUCACAGAGCUGCGAUGCUUGUCGUGCGCGCAAGGUGAGGUGCGCUCGCGAGAAUCCGGACGAUCCGAAGGGGUCCUGCAAGCACUGUAUCACCCUCGGUAUUCCGUGCACCUACGACUAUCAGCCCAAGAAGAGGGGCCCGCCCAACUUGUACCUUCGCCGUUUGCAAGAGGCAGCCGCAGCAGCAGCCGCGGCCCAGCAGGAAAAUCAAAAUGGCACCGAACACCCACAGUCUCCGCGCUCGACAUCACAGGGUGCACCCAGCCCCACCCAGUCGGCCCUCUCACCCUCUUCGCAGGUGCCAUCUUUCCUGGACGCGUCGCUCAGCCCUGUGCAGUCCAUUCAUUCAGCAGCGCUGCCACCCUCUCGCUAUCCCAUCGCAGCGGAUGGAUUCCACUCCCAAUUCCCUCCACUCUCGAUGUCCGUCCCCACAUCCUUCGGCAACUCGCGCUUGCCGGAGAUGCCAAGCAGUCUGUCGUCGCGCUCACCACCUCGUACCGAGGACCCGCAGCAGUACGGUUCGCCGACGGACCAAUUCAGUACGUACCCCCUGCACAACUGGUCGUACAAGCAACACCAAGCCCUCUCGGCCCUCCCGCCGACUGCUAUACCCCCGCUGUCGUACUACUACCGGCCUCACCGGUUGGAAGACGUCGCGCCCCGUGAUACCAUCCUUCUCAUUAUCGCCCUUUUCUUCGACUUCGUAUACCCCCUGACGCCGUGCGUACACAAGCCUUCGUUCAUGGCUGACGUUCACUCCCGGCGAGAGGAACGCGACCCGCUAUUUUUCGCGCUCGUGAUGUCGACAGUCGCGUCCACCCUCGUGCAGGUGCCCCGGUCGUAUCUGCCCAUGGAACGCCAUGCUGUCCGGAAGCUUGCGCAGACCUGUCAUGAGGCUAGUCGGCACAUAACCGUCGCUUCGUACGACCCUCCAACGUCGAUGCAUGUUGUCAUUCGGUACUUCGACUGCGUGUACCAUUUCUGCGAAGGCCACGAUGCAACGCAGCACGCGGCCUUUGGGGAGGCCGCGCACAUCGCGGUCACCCUGCGGAUGCACGAGGAGUCCUCGUACGAAGGGCUCGACCUCAUUGAGUGCGAAGUCCGUCGAAGGACGUUCUGGUUACUAUUUGGGGCGGAUAAAUCCAUGUCAAUCCUUCUGGGGCGCCCGAUCUGCCUCCGAGAUGAGGAUACCACGUGCAAUUUUCCACGGGAGCUCGACGACGAAUACAUCACGCCGAGCGCAUACCUCCCUCAGCCGCACGGAAAGACCGCCCUCGUCUCCGGUCUGAACUACAUCUCGCGCAUUUUCGCCCUUCUGGGCGAGAUCCUCGUGCGAAUCCGCGUCGACAAGCGGUCUCCGCCUCAAGGACAGUUCCUCACGGCGAGGCUCGAGGAAGUGCAGGCAUUGCACUCCCGCAUUGUCGCGGCGUUGGCACACGCCCCCGAGCUGCUGCGGCUGAAGCAGGCACACUCGCAGUCGCACAUCCCACCCGAGUACGGUGGGGCCGGGUUCCGACAGGCGGCGUUCACCGAGGUCAAGGACUUCUUCGACAACCCGAACGCUUCGCGCGCGAACGCCCUGAACCCGUUCCUCGUGAUGCAGGCGAACCUCUAUGUCACACAGCAAUUGGUCCGCUUCGUGAUUGAACAGUACCGCGACGAGUUGAUCACGUCGCUCCAAGGGAGCGUGGACGAGCGGCGGGUGGCCGAAGACAGAGAAGCGGUCGCGAGCGACCUUCUCAACAUCCUGCAUAGCAUCCCUAUUCAGUCGAUUGCCACGAACGGGCCUUCGUUGGUCCACAAGGUCCGAUUCGUCGCGUCGACGCUGCUGGACGCAGUCCGGAAGGCGGAGACUGCGCCCGCUUCCGCCGCGCGCGCGCACGCGUAUCUAUGGGACUUCCUGUCCAUUCUAUCGGAGAUCGAGAGGAACUACCUGCUGGACGACGACAGGGACGGCAUGGGGAGCGACACCGGCAUGCCGCUGAUGGCCAACUGAGGCGCGCAAGGCGCCGCCGCGGUUGCGGUUGCGGCCGCGGUGCCUGCUGGCAGCUGAUUCCUGCAGCCCAAGGGCUGCCGUCGGGACCUGUCGCGGCGGAGGCUGCCCGCGCUGCCCCUGUUCUUUCCUUGUUGAGUCCCGGUGCACGUCGUCGGGGGAGCGGAACGAUGAGCUCGGAACAGGCUCCCGGACGGUUCGACGAUCUCCCCCAUGCUAUCUUAGUGGAUGUACCCCUGUACCCGCCCCCGUGUAGUAGUGUUUCCUUCCGCUGUGCUCUCCCUUGUUUAUCCCUGGCCGCGCCGGCCUCGCUGACCGCCCGCACGCCCGGCUGUAUUAUAACCGUUCCGUUGGCUAUGCACAUGUUUUCUUCCUGUUACCUGCCACCACCCACUCCUACGUGUCUAGGCCUGCACCCUCCUUACUACCGCUUUCCGUCUCUCCUUUUCUUGCUAAUGGCUCCUAUGAACUACCAAUACUGUACUUACGACCGAG